AUGCUGGACCACGAAUCACACAAGAGCCUCUACGGUGCUCACACUGAUCACAUCAGUGGUACUACCUUCUCCCCCAGUCAGACUUCUGCUAGUCCUCCUCUGAACCAUCUAGGGGCACUGAAUCCAGCAGUCGUCGAAAAAGUGAGUCCGUCUUUGAGCUCCCUGCACGAGCCACUGCGAACCUCGAGCCCAGUGCUGGAAGAUUACGGGGUUGCGCAGGAGUCGAUUUCCGGCCAUUCAACAGGGAUUAAUACUUCCUCAAACUCCUCCUCGCCGGAAAAUACCACCACAGAUGAAACUUCCCCCGCUAAAGAUUCCACAGGCACUAAUCCUUCUGCUACUAAUGGCACUGACUCCAAAUCAACCUCAAAGGACUCCAACUCGAAGAGCUCCCGCCGCCCAGAAAAGCCCCCAUACAGUUACAUCGCCUUGAUUGUUAUGGCCAUCCAGAGCUCGCCAAUGAAGAAACUCACCCUCUCCGAAAUCUACCAGUUCCUCCAGAAUAAAUUCGAAUUCUUCCGCGGCAGCUAUCAGGGCUGGAAAAAUUCCGUCCGACACAACUUAUCGCUAAACGAAUGUUUCAUCAAGCUGCCUAAGGGACUUGGCAGACCUGGAAAGGGCCACUACUGGACUAUUGACCCCGCUUCUGAAUUCAUGUUUGAAGAAGGAUCAUUUCGAAGAAGACCGAGAGGAUUCAGUCGAAAAUGCCAAGCAUUGAAGCCAUAUUCAAUGCUCCCUGGAGGCGGUUUCUCCCCAUACGGAGUCGAAAUGUUCCCAUCAGGCGUCCCAAGCUCACCGGGCCUCACGUCCCCAGCUUCGUACAAUCCAGCCGCUCAAUUCGGGAACUUUGGUCUUCCUCAGCACGGACUUCCGAACUCGCUCUCUAAAUCGCCCGGCCUUGAUGGAUCUUCUCUGUCAUCGACUGGCAUCGACACUUCUUCAUACACAGAUUUUACCUCUCAGUCCUCAUUCUUCACUCAAUAUCCUCAGUACGGUUUCGCAAACAUGGCCGGCUACGGUUACCCAGCGACUUCAAUGUCCUCGACGUCGAUGGCGUCUUCGCUGCCGACGCCGUUUCCUCUCUCAUCCUCGUCACCUGUGAACUCGUCGACGACGUCGACGCUAAACCGUGAAUCGACCUCGCCUCUCAACAAUCCCGCCCAUGCGAAUCAGCUCGAGUUCGACAGUUCGAUGAAGUUCAAGACUGAGUACGGCGUGACGCAGACUGCUCCUGUAGCGGCCGUUGCCGCGGCAGGGAAGUCGCCAUCAGUGGCAAGCGCGGCUGGCCUCUCCUACCCUGGUAGCGCGCUUGGUGCCUACUCCCAAUACCCGCAGUACUCCACCCCCUCGUCGGUACUACCGGACCAAAAGCCCUGUAUAAUGUAA